AUGGUCGCUCAAGUUCAAAAGCAAGCUCCCGCUUUCACUGCUCCCGCUGUCGUUGAUGGUGAAUUCAAGGAUAUCUCCCUCUCUGACUACAAGGGCAAGUAUGUUGUCUUCUUCUGGUACCCUAUGGAUUUCACCUUUGUUUGCCCCACUGAAAUUCUCGCUUUCUCUGAGCGUAUCAAGGAAUUUGAAGCUUUGGACACUGUCGUUAUCGGUGCCUCCACUGAUUCUGAAUUCUCUCAUCUUGCCUGGAUUAACACUCCCCGUAAGCAAGGUGGUCUUGGUGAGAUGAACAUUCCUCUCUUGGCUGAUAAGACCAAGUCUAUUGCCAAGGACUAUGGUGUUCUCAUUGAAGAAGCUGGUAUCGCUCUCCGUGGUCUCUUCAUCAUUGACCCCAAGGGUACUGUUCGUCAGAUCACCAUCAACGAUCUCCCAGUGGGAAGAUCUGUCGAUGAAGUCCUUCGUCUUGUCGAAGCUUUCAAGUUCACUGAUGAGCACGGUGAGGUAUGCCCUGCCAACUGGAACAAGGGUGACAAGACCAUCAAGCCUGAUGUCAAGCAAUCCAAGGAAUACUUUGAAGCCCAAAACUAA